UCCCAGGCGGUAGCGGGGGCGGUGGUGCUGUUGCCCUUUUAAGCUGCGGCUUGACAGGAGCCGCGCCUCCCGUGGGUGGAUGGGUUACAAACGGAGCAGCUCCACAGGCCGCCACACAGCUCCCGCCAAGGCCUCCUCCGUGCCCCUUGCCAUUUUCCAGCGGCGCUCCCACGAGGGUCGAGGCGGCGGGGAGAAGCAGAGCCGCAAGAACUCUGCCAGGAGGCCCCGCCGAUGGUCGCCGAGAUGCCAGCGGUUCCGGACAGGCUCCCCUUCCGCGCCCCUCCCGCCCGAGUUGAGUGUCAGGGCUCAUGGCCAAACUGAAGUUGCUAGCAUCUAUCUUCCACAAGAACUAGGAGCGGCAGCGGCCGCUCACGCUCCGCUGCAACAUGAAGGGGCAGGGCGAGGGCAGAGAGGGGCGCCAGGAGUCCCAGGACACAGGGGUGCCUGCCCCGGAGAGGCCCCAGUUCCCCGCCCCUUUACCCCGCAACUGGCCUGGCCCUUGCCCCCGGGACGGUGGGAGGCUUGGGUGGGAGGAGGCGGAGGGCGCGUCUCUCCGGCUCCUCGCGCGGGGCAGGCUUGGGGGCUGCUGGCUCCUCUCGGCCCCCGUUGCCGCGCCCCGAGGUGGGAGCCCGCGGCUGCCGAAGCCCGCUCGGGUCCCAUGGCCGCCCUCAGUCAGCCAGCCUGCUCCCAAGACCGCGACAGGGCGGUGCGGGGCGGCUCCGGCGUUUUUUCAGCCCAGGCGGGAGAAACUAACAAUGAAAAUGGGCGCGUUGAUGGAAGAAAAGUUGAAAUGCAGCCUCUGGUGCUGUGUGAGCGAUCCAUCUCUCCGGAGCCUGGCUGCGCGCUGCUGUGUUCUGGAAAGGCACAUUGUACCAUAGAUGCGGCAGGAUCUACAGCACUCUAAAAUACUAGUCAACCUUCAGAAUACUCCUGUACUAUGCUUAUGGGUGAUCUUUUUCUGAGGUUUACUGAGGGGAAAAUCUGAUGAAUCGUAGACUGCCAAGCAAGUUCCCUGGAAGAUGCAGAUCAGACCAAGGAGCAGCCUUUUUGCCACAACAGGUAGUCUUGUUACUGCUUCAGGACUGCAAGAAGGAAUAAAUGAAAAUGUGUUCAUGUAUGUGGCCUUAAGACUGUCACACAGAAUUUGAAAAGUGAGAGCUUAUCCUUGGAAAAAGAAAAAGGCUAAAGGCUGGUAGACACAAGAGAUAGGACUGGACACUUGGAGAACAGGCUGAUAUCUUCUUAAAUGCUGGGCAGAAUUUUUAAAAAAUCUGUGGUCUGUUUUUGCUACGUAGACCCUAUAUACUCUUCUUAGUAACAUGCCCACAUGGAAAUAACCAUCAGUCUCAGAUGGAAAGAAUGAGAAAUCAUCUAAAUAGAGAUGCAGAAAAGAUUUAGCAGGAUGAAAAGAACUGAACAGCACGAAGAGAUGGGUGAUAUAUAGUUCUGGAAUUAUACAUUCAAAACACAAGCUGGUGAGACAUUUAGAGAAAGCACUUUUGUAUGCACUGUCUUCAGCCCUCUGCCAGGAAAGUCGUCUAGCCCAUGAAUAAAAGCAAUGUUUCGGGACAA